CCUGUCGCCGCCUUAUCCGUGCUUUCCUUUGACAUAAAAGGGAGCCCUUCUCACCGACAUGCUGCUUCGUUUGGCCACCGGUGCGGUACCACAGUCGUGUAUGCUGCGCUCGCCCCUACACCCUACCCACUGAAGAAUGUACUCCCUGGACCUCGUAGCAACCUUACAUCCGCGGAUGAAGCAAGACGUGUAUUCGAUGAAUGCGGAGGCGCUACAGCCUGUGGAUGAUAUACCCGCCUCCUGCGUCGCACUGAUUCGUCAGCCUCAUGGGAGCAUUUGCACUAUGAACCGGCUACCGCCGGAGCUGCUCGGCCACAUCUUCAAACAUGUCCUCGCAACGCCCCACGUACAAGAAACACCUACGAGAGACGCGUUCACGGCCUUUCAGAUAUGGAGACCCACGAUUCUUGACACGACGAGCUCGCUCGUUCUGUCGCACGUCUGUCGGUAUUGGCGCGAGGUCUGUUUGCAGUCACCCACGAUGUGGUCCCACGCGGUCGACUCGCAAUCAAUCCCGCGAGACGUUCUCCUCGAGCUAUCGCGGGGACUUCCUUUGAAGAUUCUGACGAUAUCCCCAGAGUCCCGCUGGCUGCCAGCGCUCUCGGAGCAGAGCAAGCGCAUCCAGGAGUUGCACUGGAUACAGGUCGACAUAGAUCACAGCCGUUCCUGCCUCAGCUUCCCUGCUCCUUCCCUGCUCACCGUGACACUCACCGGGCCGCGCGCUCCUACGAGCUACCAGACGUUGGACUCACCGCUCGAAGACAACUUCCCCGUUCUCUUCAGCGACCAAACACCGUCUCUCGCGCACCUCUCGCUCUCGAGCCUCCCCUGGCUUCCGCGCAACCGCUUCGACAACCUCACCUGCCUCUACAUUGACAGCUGCCACGGGCACAACCUACUCUUCCGCCUCCUGAGCCUGCUUGGCGGGUGUCCGCGCCUCGAAAAUCUUAUUAUCUCUGCACUUCCUGAUUUCGCGUCCGCGCACUCGAUCAACGGUACCGUCACCCUCGGUGCACUGCGCACGCUCGUUCUGAAGCAGCUCGGUGCAGACGACAUCGCGCUGCUCCUCAGGUAUCUCGCGCUGCCCACGUCGACCGCGGUGCGCCUUACGGACAUCUUCCCCUGCGCUGCGUCCCUUCCGGAGGCUCUCGCGGUGCUGCCGCCCGCAGGAGCGGCGACAAAGCUUGCGAUCGAUCUAACCGCGGCGGAGCCUUGCGUUUACGCUGUGGGCGAUCAAUCGGGCGUGCGCGUCGACGAGUAUACGUCGUGGUUCCAUUACGAGUUCUGGCUGGCGACCGCGUCCAUGCUUGUGUCCCGUGCGCAGAUCAAGGAGCUCUGGUUGAGAGCCAGCGCGCCCAUCGACGGGAAGCACGGCGCGGCGUUGCACAACCUGAUCAAAGCCCUCCCUGAGCUAGAGCUCCUCGUCGUCGACGAGUCAGUUGUCCAACUCUUGGGUAAUAUGCGGGGUAGCGUCGCGUUCCCGACAUGCCCAAGCCUGGCGUCCGUGCACGUACACUGCGAGGGUCGCGCCGAGGCACGCGCGAUCGUGGAUGCCCUGCUUGCCAACCGUACCCAGAUUGGGUGCAAGCGUGUGGUCGUGUACUGCAUGCCGGAUUUCACAUUCGUACGUGAGGAUUGGGCGGAGCUAGAGGCGUGCUUCCGUUCCUUGGAGUACCAGCGGUGCAGAAAUACCCCGGAGAUGGCGAUGCCGGAGGUGUGCUGCGCUCCCGGCCAUAUGCUUUGGCCGUCCUGGCGGGGACGCGAAUAAGACGAGACACAGAUAACAAAAUAGAUGUUCGAUGAUGCGUGAAAGAAAUCGGCGCAGGGAAGAGCAGUACGUACGGGUGUCAAUUUAGCAGCGUGUUCCAAUAGCACCGUAGAGUAUAAACCGGGAAUGCAUAAACCGUCUUCAUGGCGUGACCUCGGCC